UGGGCCUUAAAAACCUAGGAGAUAGUUUCCUAUUCACGAAGGAUUUUCUAUUUCGAAAGUGGAGAACUGAAACUCUGAUCGAUCAACGAGUUUAGGGUUUUAGCUUCGCAAAGCUUCUUCUUCUGUCUCAUCUCGCUUAUACCUUGGAACACUAAAGCAAAAAACAAGCGAAUAUGGAAGCUGGAGAUGGAGGCGCUGACCGAGUCGUUGACUCAAAGGAUUUACAACAACAAAGCAAAGCCUUCGAUAAACUCACUGACCGUGUCGAAGAUCGACAGCUUGAUUCUUCUCGUGCCCAAUCGGCCAUGGCAUCGAUUGCAGCCUCAGCUGAAGCAGAAAAGAAUGCUAUGAGAUUGAGAGAGAAAGAAUUAGCUGCUGUUAAAAUCAACGCGGCUGAAGUUGACAUCAUUGCAAACGAAUUAGAGUUGGACAAAAAGGUGGCUGAGAGAACACUCCGUGAGCACAAGGGCGAUGCCAUUGCUGCCAUUCGAUCAUUGCUUCACUAGACCGAGCCGGCGACAAAUGAUAUCACUCUAAACUAUUUAGAAUCAUUGAAUUCGGUUUUAAAGGCGGUGGCAGUUAUGCUUAUUGGUUUCAUUCAAAAGAUGUAAAAGGCAGUUGUGGCCUUUGUAGAUGUGUGAAAUAAUGCAUAGCGGGGGAAAGAGUGGGAAAACCGCUUUUCUUUGUUUAUAUUUUCAAUUUGGAAUAUGCAUUAGAUCCUAGUACUUUUCAUAUUCAUAUUUAAAAAUGCUUGUUAAAGUCGCUAAAA